CUUCAGUGGAUCUCUCAGAGUUUUGUUUUCCCGCGCAACCCACAGUUUCAUGUGGAGAGUCUGAUGCAUUUUUAAGACAUUUGAUGACUGUUUGUUUUGGAAAUUUUUCAAAUUGCAAAGAAUUUUGAUUCGUUUUGUUGUAAAACAAAGAAGUAAACAAUGACUUCAUUUAAUUUGAGUGAAAUUGGAGAACUACUAAAAGAUGCUAGUCAAAAAAGUGCCAGCACAGGUGUUUCUUUUGCUGGAAAAUCGCUUAAGCUUAACUCCGAAGAAGAUGGUAAGCAAGUCGUAGAGGCUAUUAAAAACUGCACAAAGUUGGAGUAUCUAGACCUGGAGGGCAACACUUUGGGUCCUGAGGCUGCUAAAACUAUUGCGAAAUGUUUGGAAGAACAUGGUUCAAAUUUGAAGCGAGCACUUUGGAAGGACAUGUUCACAGGCCGCAUGAAAGACGAAAUCCCAUUAGCCCUAGAAUACCUCGGGAAAGGGCUGUGCACUGCGGGCACGAAACUGGUCGAACUGGACCUCAGUGACAACGCUUUCGGCCCCAUCGGCGUGAAGGGCCUAGCAGCUCUUUUGAGUUCCAGUUCCUGCUACAGUCUUCAGGAACUCAGGCUCAACAAUAAUGGUCUCGGAAUCUCCGGUGCGAAAAUGUUGGCUCAGGCUUUGCUCGACUGUCACACGAGGAGCGUAAAAGCAGGAAGUCCGUUGGCGUUGAAGGUCUUCAUUGCUGGAAGAAACCGUCUGGAAAACGAGGGUGCGACAGCAUUGGCGUCAGUUUUCAAGCAGCUUAAAAGUUUAGAAGAAAUUGUUAUGCCACAAAAUGGAAUCUAUCACCCAGGCAUAUCAGCCUUAGCCGAAGGACUUUCGGCGAAUUUAGGCCUCAAAACGUUAAACUUGAACGACAACACAGUUGGGCCAAAAGGGGCGCAAGCUCUCGCUCAGAUUUUGCCCAAUUUGAAAUGCCUUGAGAAUCUUAAUCUCGGAGAUUGUUUGUUGAAGACUAAGGGAGCGAUAGUUUUGACAGAAGCCCUUGGAGACGAUGGGAAUUACCCAUCACUCACGGAACUAAAUUUAAGUUAUAAUGAAAUACGAAGCAAUGCAAUUGAUCCCAUCGUGCAUGCAGUAGCCCACAAAGCACAACUGACGAGUUUAAUACUCGACGGCAACUUCUUCGGCAGCGAAGGUCGAGAGAAUCUGAAGGAGGGACUUUCAGAGUGUGGGAGACUCGAGUCGCUCGGCACUUUGGAGGAAGAUGCCACUGAUGACGAUUCUGAGGAUACAGAUCAAGGAACUGAUGAGGAAGACGAGCAUGACGAUGAGGAUGAUGGUGAAAAGGAACAUUCAAUAACCGAAAGUCCUCUUAAUACAGAAACGGUAAAGCGUUUUACCAUUCUUGGAUUUCUGAAAUCUCCAACUUGUGAAAAUCUUCUCAUUUUGAAGCAUCAAGAAGGCAAAGCUCAAGAUUUCAUUGAUUAUGCGAAGAAUAAAGUAGAUACACAAAAUCAAGACACAUCAUUUUGUGAACAAUUACUUCGCAUUAUCAUGAAAGUGUCUUCCUUUUGCGGAAGUGGAUUCAUGGAUGUUCGAAUUUUUGCCGAAAGUCUAUCGGACGAAUUAUAUUCAGCGUUAUUUUCACACGCAAUUAAAACCAAUCAAGUUCACAUUUUAAAUAACAAUCUUUUGGUGAAUUUAGGAUUAUUAAAAAGUGAAAGUAAAGAUUAUGAAAAAAUGGACGUGAAUUUGGAGGGAUGCUUCAAAGCUUUAGAGAUAAUCUGCCAAAGGAAUUACUUUCUCUCCCAAACAAAGGAUACGUUAAGACUUUUUAUUGAUAAGCCAAUGAGAAAGGGCAGAUCUCAUGCAACUGAUCCACUCCAAGAUGUGAAAAUGUCCCUAAAGUCGGCUCUUGAACGGAUACCAAUCGUUUAAUUAUAGAAAAAAUAUUACUGUAAAUGCGUCUAUUUGUUUGUUUAUUUAUUUAUAACAAAUUUCUGCAAAUCAUAUACACUUCAUCAAGUAUAACUCAUUGUAUGUUUCAUUGCUUACAUUGAAAAAGAAAUGAAAAUUCUACUUUUUAA